GGCGUUCCGUCGCUGGGCAGCCGCAGCUGGGGUCGGGACCGGAACCGGGAUGGCGGAGACGGCCGGGACUGGAGCUCGCGGUUUGCGCUACAAGAGCAACUACGCGGUGCAGCGGCGAAUCGAGCCUUUCUACAAAGGAGGCAAAGUCCAAGCUUCCAGAGAUGGACAGCUCCUGUUCUGCGUCUGCGGCUCUGGAGUGAAUGUUGUGGACGCCACUUCCGGGAACCUUGUGAGGACCUUACAGCAGGAAGACCAAGAAAACAUCACAGCCUUUGAUCUCAGCCCCAAUAAUGAGAUCUUAGUUACUGGAAGCCGUGCAUUAUUACUAACUCAGUGGGCGUGGCGUGAAGGCAAUGUCUCACGUGUUUGGAAGGCUGUACACACAGCACCUGUGGCCUCCAUGGCUUUUGACCCAACAUCCACUCUGCUGGCCACAGGUGGCUGUGAUGGAGCGGUGCGUGUCUGGGACCUGGAACGAAGAUACGGGACCCACCACCUACGUGGCUCCCCUGGAGUUGUCCACCUUGUGACCUUCCAUCCAGACCCUGACCAGCUCCUGCUCUUCUCUUCUGCCAUGGACUGCACAAUUCGUGUCUGGGGCCUUCAGGCUGGAACCUGCCUGGCCAUGCUAAGCAGUCACUACAGCCCAGUCACUUCACUGGCCUUCAGCGAUGAUGGCCACACCAUGGUCAGCUCUGGCCGGGACAAGAUCUGUACUGUGUGGGACUUGAAGACUCGGACAUCAGUGAAGACAGUCCCUGUUUUUGAGAGCGUGGAGUCUGUGGUGCUGCUUCCAAAAGGGGAGGCGCCUGCCCUGGGUGUGAACACCCUGGGGCUGCAUUUACUCACAGCUGGAGAUCGAGGAGUGCUUCGGGUAUGGGAGGUUGAAUCUGGGAACUGCAUGCUUACCCAUAAACCUAUGCUUGGUGAAGGUGGCCCUGGGCGGGAGAUCACACACUGUGCCCUGGUCCCAGCUGCCGGGCUGAUCUUGGCUGUCACAGCUGAGCACAACAUCCUCCUUUAUGAGGCCCACACCCUUCGCCUUCACAAACAGUUUGCUGGCUACAAUGAGGAUGUGUUGGACGUGAGGUUCCUGGGUCCUGAAGAUUCCCACAUUGUUGUUGCCACCAAUAGCCCCCGACUGAAGGUGUUUGAGCUGGAAACAUCGGAUUGCCAGAUCCUGUGUGGGCACACGGACAUAAUCAUGGCUUUGGAUGUUUUCCGGAAGGGUCAGCUCUUUGCCAGCUGCGCCAAGGACCAGAGUGUGCGCAUAUGGAGAAUGAAUGUGUCUGGGAAAGUGCAUUGCGUAGCCCAUGGCUCUGGCCACACGCAUGGCAUAGGCACCAUCAGCUGCUCCAGGCUGAAGGAGGCCUUCCUGGUUACUGGGAGCCAGGACUGUACAAUAAAGCUGUGGCCCCUUCCUGAGGCAGUGAUGUCCAAGAAAGUGACCCGAGACCCCAACUGUGACCCUGUUCCCCUCCAGGCUCAGGCCACUCAACGUGCACAUGACAAGGACAUUAACAGUGUGGCUAUAUCUCCAAACGACAAGCUGUUAGCAUCGGGUUCCCAGGACCGAACAGCCAAGCUGUGGUCCCUGCCUGACUUCUCCCUGCUGGGUAUCUUCUCUGGCCACCGGCGAGGUAUAUGGUGUGUUCAGUUCUCCCCCAUGGACCAGGUGCUGGCCACAGCCUCAGCCGAUGGCUCCCUGAAGCUUUGGGGUCUACAGGACUUCAGUUGCCUGAAGACGUUUGAGGGUCAUGAUGCAUCGGUGCUGAGAGUGACCUUUGUGAGCCGGGGGACACAGUUGCUGUCCAGCGGCUCAGACGGCCUGCUCAAACUCUGGACCAUCAAAACCAACGAGUGUGUGCGGACGCUGGAUGGGCACGAGGACAAGGUGUGGGGGCUGCACUGCAACCGGCAGGACGGAGCAGCUGUGACUGGAGCCAGCGAUGCUCGGAUCCUCCUCUGGAAGGAUGUGACUGAGGAAGAGCAGGCAGAAGAGCAGGCCCAGCAGGAGGAACAAAUCCUGAAGCAGCAGGAACUCUCUAACCUGCUCCAGGAGAAGCAGUACCUUCGGGCCCUGGGUCUGGCCAUCUCUCUGGAUAGGCCGCACACUGUGUUGACAGUUGUCAAAGCCAUCUUGAAGGAUGUCGAGGGUCCUAAGAAGCUAGAGGAAAAGGUGCUAAGGCUCCGGAAGGACCAGAAAGAGGCCCUGUUGAGAUUCUCAGUCACAUGGAACACAAAUUCCCGCCAUUGCCACGAAGCCCAAGCUGUGCUAGGCGUCCUCCUACGGCAUGAGAGCCCCGAAGAGCUGCUGGCCUAUGAGGGAGUCCGGGCUGCCUUAGAGGCACUGCUGCCCUACACCGAGCGACACUUCCAGAGGAUCAGCCGGACGCUGCAGGCUGCCAUGUUCUUGGACUUUCUGUGGCAGACUAUGAAGCUACCUGAGACCUCAGCCUCCCCAGCCCUACAACCUUUGUAACAACAUGUUGUAUAAAAGUUUGUCAGACCUCA